AUGUCUAAAACAGUUACUAUCAUUGGAUCAUUGAACUAUGAUUUAGUCACAUUCACAAAAAAAGUACCUAAAGCAGGUGAGACGAUCCAAGCAAACUCAUUUGAAACACACAUGGGAGGCAAAGGAUUGAACGAGGCUGUUGCGGUUGCGAGAUUAUCGCCUCCUCUGGGCCACGUGCAAUCCCGUAUGAUUGGUUGCGUUGGAGCUGAUGAUUUUGGAAAAAGUCUCAGGCAGUGUCUUGUUGACUCUGGUGUAGAUGUAUCCAAUGUCAAGACGAUUGGAGGUGAAUCAUCUGGUGUAGCAACUAUUCUUGUUGAGGAGGAGUCAGGGGAGAAUAGGAUAUUGAUUACUGCGGGAGCCAAUGGACACUUGAAACCUAGUGAUGAAGAAUACAAGUCCAUCUUUGAACUGGACAAGGAGGAUAAGAAUGAAUAUGUUGUUUUGCAGAAUGAGUACCCUGAUACUGCAAAGAGUAUUUCGUGGCUAAAAACAAACAAACCCAGUAUCAAUAUAGCCUAUAAUCCUUCACCAUAUCGACCAGAAUUAGUAACACGAGAUAUCUGGUCGAAAAUUGAUUUGCUUAUUGUUAAUGAGGGCGAAGCACAGGAUGUUGCCAAAUUGCUUUUACCUGAUUUGGACUUGGUUGAUAGUAUGGAAGGUGUGAAGACGUUAGCUGUUGAAAUACAGAAGCUUUUGAAUCAAAAUAAUUUGAAAACAGUGGUUAUUACUUUGGGAAGUAAAGGAUGUAUAUAUUACGAUGCACAAUUGGACGAGCCUCAAUUUGUGAAGAGCAGAAAAGUUGAUAAUGUGGUUGAUACCACUGGUGCUGGAGAUACAUUUUUUGGUGGACUCGUUUCAAACUUGGCCCUUGGCAAAACUUUAGCACAAGCAGUUGAAUUCGCUACUGCUGCUAGUAGUUUAGCGAUCCAGAAAAAGGGCGCAGCUGAAGGUAUACCAGAGCAUAAAGACGUGAUACAAUUACUUGGUGAAUAA